CCUAAAGUCUUAAAAGAUUUUAACACCACGGAGCUCCGGCGUCGUUGACCUCAACUGAUACACAACAUGUCCGGACACCCAACGCCUGGGUGUACAGAGUACGGGGCUUGUUCCUCUCUUGUUCUUUGAAAAUUUUUAGAUUUGAUCCUGUCGAGGAGACUUUGAGAUACGAACAACUUGGUGACAUUGGAUAGCGCACUCUAAAAACCACCAUGUCUUCUGUAGUAAAUCUUCUCCUGAGUGUGAUCGAGUAUAUCGGGAUAGCCAACCUCCUGACCACCAUCACUAUCUGCCUUGUGACCUUCUGGUAUAUCCGCAUGAACUACGGGGCGUCGUUCCACUACCGUCUCCCCCCUGGCCCACCGGUCAUUCCUUAUCCUUUCGAUUUCCUCAUGGCACUGUUCCCGUCAAGCAACCGCUUCGGCAGAAUGAUUUUCUUAAGUAAGAGAUAUGGUGACAUAACAUGUCUGCAGCUCGGCAGGAGAAUGAUAAUUAUGAUAUCUAGCCCGAGUCUUGUCAAAGAACUUAUCGUGAAACAAGCAGACGUGACAUCUAACAGAUCAGCACCCCCUUUCUUUACCUCUGUGAUGGAUUAUAAAGGCGGCAUCAUCUUCAGUGAUGGGGAACCCUGGCAGGAGAUACGUCGUUUCAGUCUCUCAGCUCUACGCAACUUUGGCAUGGGUAGGAAGGGCAUUGAGACGAGAAUACAGGAAGAGGCCCGCAACCUCUGUAACGCGUUUGCCCAACACUCCAGUGAGGCGUUCGACGCCAUGCAUCUUACCAACGCCGCCGUUUCCAACAUCAUCUGCAGUAUCACCUUCGGGAGGAGGUUGGAGUACGAUGACCCGGUCUUCAUGGAUAUGAUCCAGAGGCUGAGAAACGUUACAAGCGGGGUCGGGAUUAACCCUAUAAUCCGGGAGCUGAUGAUGCGAUUUCCCAUCCUCCUCAAGACCCCACUUCUGGGGAAGCCCAAGGCAAACCUUUUGGGAGUCAAGAACUUUAUAACGAAGGAGGUGAUAGAGCACAUUGAAAGCUACCAUUCCAGUGACAUCCGGGACAUUAUUGAUAUGUACCUGACCGAAGCAGAAAGACUGGAAGAGGAGAAGAAGAAGACAAAUGAGGACAGAACGAAACCAUACUUGAACAAAGACGACAUCUGGAUGUGCGUUUUCGAUCUAUUCCUUGCAGGAACGGAGACCACAUCAACGGCGUUACUCUGGUUCCUCCUCGUAAUGGCAGCCAAACCUGAUGUACAAGAAAAGGUUAUAAGUGAGAUCGACCUUGUUGUUGGCCGCGAGAGAGCACCUUGCAUGGAAGAUCGUAAGGACAUGCCGUACACAGAUGCCACCUUAACAGAGGUCCUUCGCUUCAGACCUGUAGCUCCGCUUGGUGUCCCUCAUGUCACCGCCAAAGACGUCGAGAUCGGCGAGUACACUAUCCCGAGAGACACCGAAAUUAUGAUCAAUAUCAUUGGUAUACACCUGGAUCCGAGGUUGUGGGACGAACCAGAAGAGUUUAACCCUCAUCGCUUCCUCAGUGAAGACGGAAAGACAGUGAUUAAACCCCAGGAUGCUUUCACUGUCUUUGGUGCAGGUCGGCGUGUAUGCCUUGGUGAGCAGCUAGCCCGGAUGGAGUUCUUCCUCUUCGCUACUACCCUCAUGCAGAGAUUCCGCUUUCGCUUGCCUGAAGGCGAGUCUGGCGACUUUGGCUUUGAACACUGUCUUGGCACCAUUGCGCCAAAGAACUUUAAAAUCCUAGCCCAGGAACGAUAGGUUCUGAAUUUCACUAGGACUUUUGUAAAAUGGUAAUGCACUGACUUUCAUGUUAAGCUUUUCACUCUCGUCUCUCAAACCACGAAGAUGUAACAAACACACCCCGUGGAGAUAUAACAAAAUUAUCUACAGUUUUCUUAUUUGUAUCUUUUUCCUUCUAUACAUCAUGGAUAUAAUUUUUAUGAUGGUCAGUUAUACAGGAAACAAUUUUUGUUGUGUCAAAAAAGGAAAUUCAGGCACAACCAUAAUAUGUCCAGCUCUAGGCAUAGACGUACUUAAAGAUGUUAUCUUGGUUUUAAUCAAAGCGGAAAAUGAGAGAAACAUAGCAAAUCAGUGAAAGUUUGAGCAAUUUCGAUAACAAAUAGGGAAGUUAUGAAUUUUUAAAGUUUUCAUCAGUGAAAUACAAAUUGGCAACACUUACGUAGUUCGCAAGCUACUCUCCAAAAUGUUGUUAGUUAUAGAAUGGUGAAGUGUGACCUCAUUAAAAACGUAUUUUUAGAAUUUCUCAAUUUCUUUUCCCCUUCAUUUUCCGAUAGAGCAUAAAAAAUAAUUUCCAAAAUAUCGAAAAACCGAUUGAAUGUGUUAAAUAUU